AUGCAAAGUUUUGGUGGAGUACUUGCCUUGCUCUUGGUUUCAAGAAUUUCUGAUUGCCUGCUGGACCAAAUGGAAGCCGAACCAGCCAGGAUUAAUUCUGUGCCUGACGUCGAGGCCCAGAAGCGUGACGCGAAUGACAAUUCCGCCGCUAUGGAAGAGCCUCCGGCCAAGAAAGCACGAUUGGAGGAAACCCCCAGCUCGGACAGGCAAGACAUGCGCGAUAGAGGAGUUGCGCCUAUUAAAGCAGAGUAUCGCAUCGAAGUCGUGAGGCCCCAGCCGAAAGAACAGUCGAAAGACGAGAUCGGUCCUGACGAUGCCGCCGAAGCCGCCCCUCGCGACGACCGUGAUACCGAUAAGAUGUCCAAGAAGGAGAAGAAGAAGAAGUUCUCGGGUCAAAACACCAACCGAAGUUAUGGAAAAUCCCAAGACGAAAAGGGCCUUUGCGCUACGAGAAUGACAGCCAAUGAAUUCUCGGCUGCCGAAUGCAAGUUUGGCGACACUUGUCGAUUUGAGCAUGACUUGCGCCGUUACCUGAAGGAGCACAAGCGCGAGGAUCUCACUACGUUCAAAGUCUGCCCUAUCUACGAAGCGCAGGGAAGAUGCUCCGCCGGCUGGAGAUGUCGACUGGUUGGCUCUCACUCGACCGAGAGAGAAACCGAAGACGGGAGAAAGGAAUUGAUCUUACUGGAAGAUGCAGAGCUCGUGGAGAAAGCUCGCCCUCGCGUGCCUGGUGCGACACCCGACGGGGUCGUCAACAUCAUUCCCGCGGAUGCCAGGGUCACCCUUACGAGAAAGAAGGAGAAAACCCCUCGCGCUGAUGCUUACAACACAUGGGUCAACAAGGUCUCUGCAGAGCUAGAGAAGACGCUCCACAAGCGAAACACUGUCCGAGAGAACGGAGAGCUUGUUGAUCCAGCAAAGGAGAAUGAGAAGAAAGGAGAUGACGUCAAGGAAAAGACCAUAGAUGGGGGCGCGAACGAGGAAGUGAAGGACAAAGUGGAGGAGAAAGCGGAGAAAAAGGAGGCACUUGAGGAGAACCGCGCUCAAUUUACUGAACCUCCUUUCUUGCCCUCCGAGAAGAGACGCAUUUACUUCGGCCCAGAGACACCAACGCUCGCACCUUUGACAACACAGGGCAACAUGCCAUUCCGAAGACUUUGUGAAGACCUAGGUGCGCAAUUCACCUAUUCGGAGAUGGCCAUGAGUAUGCCUCUGAUUCAGGGCGCAAAGUCUGAAUGGACCCUUUUGAAGGCACACGAGUCAGAAUUGGCACCACCAACAGUCAUCCCGGGAGACAACAUUGUCCAGGGCUAUGAUAACUCCAAGGAUUCCAAGUUUGGUGCACAGAUUGCGGCCAACAAGCCAUGGCAAGCAUGCAAGGCCACAGAGGUGCUGUCAAAGUUCACUCCCAACCUGCGCGUUAUCGAUUUGAACUGUGGAUGUCCCAUUGAGCUUGUAUUCCGUGACGGCGCUGGGUCUGCUCUGCUUGACCACGGCUCCAAGCUGGAGAAGAUGAUUCGCGGUAUGAACACUGUCUCGCAGGAGAUUCCAAUUACCGUCAAGAUCCGCACAGGAACUAAGGACAACCAGCCCAACGCUUUGAAGCUGGUUGAGCGUCUUGUUCUGGGUGGCUACGAGUCCAGUCUUUUGGACGUUGGCCCUCCAGGCGCCGCUGCUAUCACUCUGCACGGACGGAGUAGACAGCAGCGCUACACCCGACAGGCAGAUUGGGGAUACAUCUCUGAGACAGCAGCCCUUAUCAAGCGCUUGAAUGAAAAGAAGGACAGUCUCACUGACACCAUCCGUGAACCGGAUGCCCGUUUCAUGCCUAACGGCGGAAAGACUUACUUCCUCGGCAACGGUGACUGCUACUCCCAUGUCGACUACGACGAUCACGUCAACAAUGCCGGCGUGGAUAGUGUGAUGGUGGCUCGUGGAGCUUUGAUCAAACCUUGGGUUUUCGAGGAGAUUCAGACAGGCCAGUAUCUUGACAAGUCUGCGACUGAGCGUCUGGCUUAUAUUGAGCGCUUUGCCAAGUAUGGUCUCCAGGCUUGGGGAUCUGAUGAGCAUGGUGUUGGAACAACUCGUCGUUUCCUGCUUGAAUGGUUGAGCUUUGCUUACCGCUAUGUUCCAAUCGGACUGCUGGAAUACCUCCCUCCUAAUAUCCAAGACAGACCACCCGCUUGGCGCGGCCGUAAUGAACUAGAAACGCUUAUGGGCAGUGGGAACUACAAAGACUGGAUUAAGAUCACUGAAAUGUUCCUGGGUCCUGCUCACAAGGACUUCAAGUUCGAACCCAAGCACAAAUCUAACUCUUACGAGGCAGAGGGUUAAAGAGACCUAUCCCUCACAAUUGUCGACAAUUGUACAUAUCACAAAAUCAUCACAGCUUUACCUGCAUGUUUACAAGGCGUUGGAUUAAAUGUCGAAGAAAGUCUCUGUUAAAAAUGCAGUUAUGAAAAGUUAC